UGCGUUUCCGGCAAAAUAAAGUAAAUAAAAGUUGAGGAAAGAGAGAGAAGAACAGCAGACAGCCGUAGGUAGAUCAGCGUGUCCAGCGUAGACAGAGUUGAGGGUUGCCCGUGAGCUCGCUCGAAGACCUACUUUUUGAUCUAAGAAGAGAUAAGUAUCGAAUUUUCCUUCAGUCUCGUUGAAACGCUACAAUGUCGAAUCCGGAGGAGAACAAAGAGAUGGACAGUGAUAGCAGCAACGACGAGGAUUAUGUUCCAGAGGGAGAGUAUCAAGAGCUCUCAGAAGAAGAGUCUGGCUCUGAAAAUGAGGAUGAAAGCAAUGCACUUUCAGACUGCGAGGAAAACGCAGGGGUAAAGCGCAAAUCAAAGAGCAAGUCAAGAAGGUCAAGGAAAAGGGCAAAAACAACGGUGGCUGAGGAUCCUGGGGAGAAUAAGGCUGUGAAGGUAGCGAGCGAAGAGGAGGUGAAAAAAAAGGCUGAUGAUAUUUGGGCUGCAUUUAAGAAGGACACUGGUGCAUUAUUCUGUAAUGGUGUCAAUGAGGUCAAAAAGCCUGAAGAAGAAAAAGACGCAGCUUUCAAAAGUAUGGAAGAGAAGCCCCUCGGUGAUAGCAGCAAGAAAGAAGAGCAACAAAAAAUAUACGAGUUUGCCGGAGAAACGCAUGUUUUGACUGGAACAUCUACCCUGAAGCCAAUGCAGCAGUCAAGUGGUCAAGCACCUCCAACCUUUGGGGCACAUAGAAGCCGCGGAGGCGGUUUGGCUGGACUUAUGUCCCAAUUAAAGGGCAAAGGCACCAAACUCAGCACUUUGGAAAAAUCGAAGCUUGACUGGCAGAACUUCAAGAGCAAGGAGGGUCUGGCCGAGGAAAUCCAAACCCAUAAUCGCGGCAAGCAAGGAUAUUUGGAACGACAAGACUUUUUGGAGAGAGCUGAUCAUCGGCGUUUUGAGAUUGAAAAACAAAUGAGAGCAACAGCCAGACGAAGUAACAACUGAAAAAACCUGCAAUUUCCCAGAAAAAUGAUCUUCAUCAUGUGUAUGGCUCAGUAUAUUAUCUGAAAAUAUCAUUAAGGAAUGCAAAUAUGAUAACAAAUUUAAUUGUGAAGGACAAAUUACACAUAAAACAAUUCUCCCCUAACCUCGGCAAACAAU